CCGCUCUCUGAUUGGACGGCGUCUGUUUACGUAGCAACGGUCCGGAAGAUGUCGCUGAGGCCAGUCCUAAAAAACUUCCGCCUUAAGUUGUAAAGAAAACAUAGCAGCUAAAAGGCAGUCGACGGUGUAACCAACCAGUUUAAGAAGUCAGACCAAAGGCUCUUGACACUCUGGAGCUUGCUUGGUUUUCAGAGUGUAUGUGAGUGUGUGUGUGAGUGUGUGGGUGUAUGUGUGAGUGUGUGUGAGCUGUAGUUUCCUCUUCACUUUUUCACCAAGAGCUGCUCCUCCCUGGAGGAUGACAAUGGAGGAGAUGAAGAAUGAAGCGGAGACAAACUCCAUGGUAUCCAUGACGCUGUAUGCUGUGAUGUACCCAGUUUUCAAUGAGCUGGAGAGGAUCAACCUAUCAGCAGCUCAGACGCUCAGAGCAGCUUUCAUAAAGGCGGAGAGGGAGAACCCUGGCCUGACUCAGGACAUUAUAAUGAAGAUCUUGGAGAAAAAGAACGUUCAAAUCAACUUCACUGAAUCCCUACUGCGCAUGGCAGCAGAUGAUGUGGAAGAGUUCAUGAUUGACCGGUCUGAGUCAGAGUUCCAGGAGCUAAAUGGGAAGGCCAGAGCUCUGAAACACAUCCUCAGCAAAAUCCCUGAUGAGAUCAAUGACAGAGUACGCUUCCUACAGACUAUCAAAGACAUAGCCAGCGCCAUCAAAGAGCUCCUGGACACAGUCAACAGCGUCAUUAAGAAGUAUCAGUACCAGAAUCGCAGAGCCCUGGAGCACCAGAAAAAGGAGUUUGUGAAAUACUCCAAAAGUUUCAGCGACACCCUCAAAACAUACUUCAAAGACGGAAAGGCAAUAAAUGUCUUCAUCAGUGCAAAUCGGCUCAUCCACCAAACCAACCUCAUACUGCAGACCUUCAAAACUGUGGCCUAGCCUUCACAUACACAUUCACACACACGCACACACACACACACACACACACACACACACCCCAACCAACCAACCAACCCCCGUCCUGUGGGGAGCAACUGCUAGAAUGGUGGAAGCUUGAAGAGCACCUGACCCAUAUGUGUAAAUUAGAGUUGAUUUUAGGGUUGGGGUCGAUUUCAUUGAAAUCAAUAUUCUAGAUUCCAGUUCAAGAGGCUGAAAAGUGCCAUUUGUUUUUUCCGAUGAGGAUUUUCCAGUCUUGAAAUGGAACUGAAUGGACCCAAAGUCUUGCUUGAUUGAUUUUAUUUGGACAGUUUUAAUUUAUAACCUUGGUCUUGUUGGGAGUAGGCGAGGUGUUUAUCAAAGACUAAUUGCCAUUUUUCUAAUAUAUUCAUUUUGAUCAUUUUAGCUUUUUCAAACAUGGCUACACAUCUCAGACCGCAUUCAGUAGGGGUGUGUCUCAUUCGUCUGUACUGGUUUUCUCUUCUUGGCCCCUAUCCGUGUCAUUUUGCCAUGGUCUGCUGUAUGCGCAGGAUCUAGCUGCAAGGAGGGGGAGCAUUUGAACAUUUGAGAGGCAGACUCAGACUUCUUUUCUCUUUAUUAUCAGAAGACAGAAAGCCAAAUGACUUCCAGCACAGUGUGCGCCUUACCAAGACCUGUAACAUUCCCUCCUCUCAGUGUAAUGAAGUGGAGCCAAUCCCUGCUACUCGGGGAUGUAGAGAGAGAAUUGAAAAGUUCUGUAUUUAACUGAUACCUGGUUGCAAAUGUUCAAUAAAUAGUUUCCAAAUGA